CUAUAUAAGACCCCUGCUAAGUGGUUAAUACCGGCCAACAAUGCCAAGUGGGUUUGUUCUACUAUGGGAGUUACACCUUGUUUGUCGUUGGAAAAAUUUGAUGGAUCCUCAGAGUAUUGUGUCCAGGUAACUAUAGUCCCCAAAAUCUUUUACCACUCCGAAGACUCUGUCUACGACUCACACAUUACCCCAGAACAUCAUCUGUCAAAACGAGAACCCCUUACAGCUCUAACAAUAGCUACUCUAAUGAUCAUAGGAGGUGCGGGAAUAGGUACAGGAGUAGCAUCCUUGGUACAGCAGAGCAAAGAACUUGGCGCCUUGAGGAUGGCAGUAGAUGAAGACCUGGCUAGAAUUGAACAAUCGAUUAGUGCAUUAGAACAAUCACUUAGAUCAUUAUUGGAAGUAGUUUUGCAAAAUCGAAGAGGAUUAGACCUGAUGCUCUUACAACAAGGAGGAUUGUGCGCUGCACUAAGGGAAGAGUGUUGUGUAUAUGCGGACCACACCGGAAUAGUGAGAGACACUAUGGCCAAAUUGCGAGAGGGAUUGGAAAAACGGAGAAGGGAACGAGAGGCACAACAAAAUUGGUUUACAUCGUUGUUCAACCGUUCACCAUGGCUGACCACUCUGAUAUCUACCUUGAUAGGGCCGAUCGCAAUGAUCAUGAUAGCAUUGAUCUUUGGACCAUGUAUAUUGAAUAAGCUCGUGUCCUUUGUUAAGAGCCGGCUAGAGAAGGUCAACAUCAUGUUGAUAGAAUGCCGACAACUGCUUUAA